ACAGUGGUCACAUGGAACGUCGGUACCUCCAUGCCUCCAAGCGACGUCACCUCCCUCCUUCACCUCAGCCCCGGGGACUCCUGCGACAGUGACAUGAUCGCUAUUGGGCUGCAGGAGGUGAACUCCAUGAUCAACAAACGCCUGAAAGAUGCGCUCUUCACCGACCAGUGGAGUGAACUUUUCAUGGAGGUCCUCAGCCCUUUUAACUUCGUCCUGGUGAGCACGGUGCGUAUGCAAGGAGUCAUCCUCUUUGUCUUUGCCAAGUACUACCACCUGCCUUUCCUGCAGGACAUCCAGACGGACUGCACCCGGACGGGGCUGGGAGGCUACUGGGGCAACAAGGGGGGCGUGAGUGUGCGGCUCUCUAUCUUCGGGCACAUGGUCUGCUUCUUGAACUGCCACCUGCCGGCUCACAUGGAGAAGGCGGAGCAGCGCAAGGAGGAUUUCACCACCAUCCUUCACCUGCAGCAGUUCGAGGGGCCCUCGGCCAAUGGCAUUCUGGACCACGACCUCAUCUUCUGGUUCGGCGAUCUCAACUUUCGCAUUGAGACGCUGGACAUCCGUUACGUGAAAUACGCCAUAGACAACAAUAUCCUCCAUCAACUCUGGGAGAAGGACCAGCUCAACAUUGCGAAAACCACGUGGCCCAUCCUGAAGGGAUUCCAAGAGGGGUUCCUUAAUUUCCCCCCGACCUUUAAAUUCGACGUGGGAACAAACAUGUACGACACGAGUGCUAAGAAGCGGAAACCAGCUUGGACGGACCGUAUCCUAUGGAAGAUCAAAAGUGGGGCCCACCCAGUGCAUUCUGGGAGAUCCAGCGGUGGGAACCUGACUGUGACCCAGCUGUGCUAUUGCAGCCACAUGGAGUACACUGUGAGUGACCACAAGCCCGUGGCCUCCAUUUUUUCAGUACAGUUUGGUUCCCGUGCCGAUGUGCCGCUGGUGGAGCUGCAAGUGGCCGACGAGUGGACUAAGCCGGAGCAAGCUGUGGUCCACUAUAGGACAUCGUCAGCUUUCCACCGCAGUUCCUGGGAUUGGAUCGCCGUCUAUCGGGUGGGUUUCCGACAUUGCAAAGACUACAUAGCCUAUGUAUGGGCCAAGCAGGAAGACACGGAGAGCCACCUGUACCAGCUGACCUUCCCCGAGGAGUCCCUGCCUAAAGGGAAGGGGGAUUACAUCCUCGGCUACUACAGCCACAACUCCAGCUGCAUAGUGGGGGUGACGGAUCCCUUCCAGAUUUCCCUGCCCACCCCGGAGCAAGUCAGCAGUGCCACGGACAGCACCAACAGCACCUCCGAAGAGGACGACGACAGCACGCUGGUGCUCCUCGGCCCCAAAUCCCGCAGCCCCAGCCCCGGCAAGAUGCACCGUCACCGUAGCCGCAGCCCCAGCCUGGCCAAGUUCCAGGGCCUGCUCUUGCGAUCCUCCAGCCGCGACCAGGGAGCCAGCCGCAGCCCCUCGCCCCAGGGACGCCGCCACAGCACCAUUCUGAAGGCAGACAUUCCCAGCAUCCAGUUUUCCAAGGACAGCCCGCGGCACCGCUCCAAGUCGCGGGAGAUGGUGCAGAAUCCCGAGGCCUCCUCCUCCUCCUCCUCCUCCUCCUCCUCUUCCAACACAUCCCAGGCCCGGACAAGCUGGCGCUUCGAGGAGACUCCACUGUCUCGGGCCGAUCCGCGGAAUCUGGGUUUGAUGCCCGCUGUGCGCUUGGAGACGGUGGACCGAGUUAUGGGCCCACGACGCGACAGCGCUGACCCGAGUAUGCCCGGACGAAGGAUGAGCCCCACCAGCCCCACGGCGGGACUUGCAGCGCUCUUUAGUAUGUCCCCGCAAGAGGGGACACCCCACAAUAACCACAGCUGCGAUACCAGACAUUAAGGUGGCGGAUCCCACCAGGCAGUCAUCCUGUGUAGCGUGUGUGACGAUGCCAAUUGCCCACUCCUCUCUUGGCCUGCCUUGCCCAAAUGGGACACAGACCCAGACACGGAGCUGCCGUGGUGCCACCCCAUCCCAUCAGCUUCACAAUUGCCCCGUGUCUGCAUCGGAGCCCGACCAACGGCCCGUCCCACUCGUGUUGCUCCCCACCCCCUCAUCCUCCUCGGGGACAGCUCUUCCUCCCACCAAACACCGAGAUCAGCACCCCCAAACUGGAUUCCCCCUAAACACUGUUUUGGCCCCUCACAGGGAGGACCAGCCGGAGGACGGAAGUGCAAGGAGCACAACGAGGAGGAAAGGAGGCAGCCAUUUCCAGAGGCCUCCGUGUUGUAAGUGCCGAGGGCCCAGCCAGGCUCAUGGUGAUGGAGAACCCCAGCAGAAUCCCAGGCAGCCAUGCCCGGGGGUGGGGGAAUUUCAAGCCAAGGUUGAAGACGUGGAAUGUAGAACUCUGGCCGGGGGAGGCGGGAGGGGAGGGAACUGGGAGGGCUGGUCUCUCUCUCCAGAUUGGGGACCUUCUCCGGGAUGAGUUCAGAGUCGAGACAAUCUUUCCUACCUCUCUCUCUUACACCCCAAUAAAUCACCUUACAAAUGCUCCAGGAGGUUGCGUCUGCCCUCUCCGCAACAGGGGCCGUUGUGCGCAGGGGUG